CCGUGGGGGGCCGAGAAGGGGUCGGAGCGAGGGCGCGGCUCCUCGCGCGCGCGCGCACGCCGUUGCCGGGCAACCGUGGCGGCGGUUGAGCCGCUCUCCGUCCGCCUCGCGGAGGCGCGGCGGCAGCGCAACAUGAGCCUGGACAACCUGAAGGAGGGCAAGCACAACCUGCGCGUGCGGCCCGCCGACAUCCCCAUCGCCGAGCGCGCCUCCCUCAACUACUGGCGGACGCGCAAGUGCAUCAGCAAGCCCUGCGCCGAGUGCCCGCUCAAGAGCCCGGCCUUCACCGGGCUACACGAGAAGGCUCCUCUCGGGCUAAUGGACACCCCCUUAUUGGACACAGAGGAGGAAGUGCAUUACUGCUUUCUGCCGUUAGACCUGGUGGAAAAAUACCCCCCUCUGGUCAACGAUGACAACUUGCUCUGGCUGUCGGACAACACUGUGCUCAUAGAAUGCGAAAGCAGUGAAUUCCGCUUCAUUGCCAAUUUUCUUCGCUCAGAGAAGAUUCUUUUGCCUGAUAACUUCUCCAGCUUGGAUACUUUGGAAGCUGAAGCUGAAUCAUUGGGGAUCCCCAAGGUCAUAGAAGCAGUGAAGAUCUUCAGGAGUAACCCAGGCAUAUGUUCAAGUGAGGCCUCUAAUUCUCAAAGCUGUCACAGGAGCACGACGGCACAGCAGCAGAGUGUUCAGGAUGCGUCAGCACUUCUUCCUUUGUACCCUAUGGUGCUUGGACUCUUAGUCAAAUACCCUGACUCAGCUCUGGGGCAGCUCCACAUGGAGAGUACCCUAGAUGGGAACAAGCUCUAUAUAUCAGGGAAUGGAGUUCUCUUUCAACAUGUCAUGAAUUGGUUAGGAACUUGCAAACUCCCACUUACACGAAAUAUGUCUGAACUUCCUCAACUUUGCACCUAUUUGGAUCAAAUGGACCUCAUCUAUGAGCCAAUGAAGGAUGCUUUAAAAAGAUUUCUAAAACAAAAGACACCCACAGACUCCCUGGAAAAAAAUGCAGAGUGGGCAGCAGAAAUAACAGCUUUUUCCCUCCAUCAUAUUGUCAAAGUAUAUGUAGGAAGCCACUGGUAUGCCACCUAUUUGCAAACGUUAUUAAAGUUUCCAGAGUUGUUGUCAAAUUGCAAAAAGGUAUAUUGGAUUGCUUAUGGCCAGAGUCUCCUCAUUCAUGGAGAUGGAAAAAUUUUUCGACAUGUUCUCAACUUCUUAAGACUUGGCAAGUUGUUCUUACCAUCUGAAUUUAAGGAAUGGUCACUUUUGUGCCAGGAAGUGGUAGAGUACCAGAUCCCUUCUCUAUUGGAGGCUCUUUAUCAGUAUGACAUGUACAGAUUAUGGGUACAACAGCAGGAAGUUCAACAUGUAGCUUAUCCAUUUAGAAAUCUUGAGUCUCCAACAUCAGAGAAGGAAGUUGGAUCCAAUGAAGUCCCUCAAGAUCAUUUGCAUAUUGCUGUGGAUUUAGAUCAGUGUGCCAAUAACUGGAAUAUAACUAGAGAACCACGAUAUAUGGAAGAGAGUGAUAGAGAGAAUGCAAAAUACACUAGCAUUUCCCCAAUUAAGGGAGCAAAGCGAAGAAAUCCCUGGGAAAUGUACAAGUCCUCCGAUGAUUGGGGAAACUCCUGCUUUUUCAGACAGCCAGGAAGCCCCCCAAAGAAAAGAGGAGCAAAAGGCAAUUUAAUGAAACAACCGGAAAGCAAUGAUCCUCCCAUUCAGAAGCUCAUUUCCCUUGUACGAGGAUGGGAUAUGGAUCACUGCAGAUGCUGUGGAGCUUCCCAGGGACCAGGGUCUAGCGAGGAAUCUAAAAGGAGAGCGUCCAGUAGGAUGCCGCCUGCCAGUUGCUUUGGAAUCUCCAGCCUUGAACUCCCGAGGAAUGAUGUGGUCAUCCAAGCUGCACCAAGAGCACAAGGAAACCUGCCCAAAGCUGGACUUUGCAAGCAGAGCCCCAUGCCUACCCAGGGUUGGCUUAUACAGACUGAUGAACCAAGCAGUUCUGAGGAGAUGCACUCAUUAGGGAAAAGUGCUGUCUUGAAGGAACAGAGUGACCAGAAAGAGAAAGCAGGGACAACCCUUGAAGAAACUGCUACUUGUAGUGAAGCCCUUGAUGCAAGGGGCUUGAUUCUUAAGGUUGAGCACCCUCCAAUUGUGCCAGGCGAUGGUUCUUGCGUUUUUCAUGAAGGCAGCAUUCUCUACAGCACAUGUGUUGAAGACAUUACUCUAGCCUGUGCCCUGGCACCACCAGUGGACAAAGAUAUUGUUUUUCUGAGCUUUCCAUUGACACAAGAAGAAAUUUUUUAUGCCCAGAAGUGCCACUGUUUCCUCACUGAUGUCAUCUUGGAUUCCAUAAGACAGAAGGAUCCUAAAGAAACAACUGCCAAAGUAGAGCUUCUGGUCCAGAGGCUAUGGUGCCUGCAGAUCACAGCAAAGGAGUUUGUGGCUGACUUACUGAAUUCAGCACCUUUUAAAGCAGAUAGCCAUUCUUACGAGAAGUUACUGAAGUGGGUUGAAUUCACCCUGCCUUUUGCCUGGAAAUACAGCUGCUGCAUUGACUUGCUUAUUAAAAAAGGAUACUUUAAAUCACUCUCACAUUUUGUUAUUCGGAAAUAUUUACAGAACCCUUAAUAAAACUCAAGU